AUGGAAAAGUUUGAUGCAAAGUAUACUAAUUUUUUGGCAGAUCCGCGCAAUGUUCGCCUAGCCUUGGCGAGCGAUGGAUUUAAUCCCUUUGGGAAUAUGAGCACAAAGUACUCCAUCUGGCCUGUGAUUCUUAUUCCGUAUAAUCAACCACCUUGGUUUUGCAUGAAGCAGACAUCUUUCAUUCUAUCCACGCUUAUUCCUGGGCCGAAAAUGCCAGGUAACGACAUAGAUGUUUAUUUGCAGCCUUUGAUAGAUGAGUUAAAGCAAUUAUGGGAUGGCGUUGAAACCUAUGAUGCCAAAGAGGGAAACACUUUCAAAAUGUGUGCGGCACUGAUGUGGACUAUCAACGACUUUCCAGGAUUAGGAAACCUAUCUGGCUGGAAUACGCACGGUGGGUUAGCAUGUCCUACGUGUAAAUUAGAUGCUAAGCCACAUCGGCUGAAAGAUAGUCAAAAAUGGUGUUUCAUGGGCCAUCGACGCUUUUUGAAUCAGGGACACAAAUAUAGACUAGACCGGAAUAGAUUUGAUGGGCAGGUUGAAGGUAGAGAUCCACCAAAGAAGUUAUCCGGAACAGAUGUAUUGAGGCAACAGUCUAAUGUGCACAUUUCAUUUGGGAAGAGUUCAACUGUGACAUCCAAAAAAAGACGCAAUGGUCAGGAUGCAGAUGAAGAUGACUCGCAUUGGAAGAAGAAGAGUGUUUUCUUUGACCUCCCGUACUGGGAGGAUCAGAUGUUGCGUCAUAACCUCGAUAUGAUGCAUAUAGAAAAAAACGUGUGUGACAAUGUGGUAUUUACUAUCUUAAACGAUAGCGGCAAAUCAAAAAACAAUCGUAAAGCUCGCAAAGAUUUACAAUGCAUGGGUAUAAGGCCUAAAUUAUGGCCGGGGGAAGGUGGUAAAUAUUCUUCUCCAAUAUUUGCGAUGUCGAAUUCACAGAGGAAUAUAUUCCUAAAGACUUUGCAGAAUGUGGUCUUUCUAGAUGGUUACUCUAGCAAUGUUGCUCGUUGUGUUGAUUUGCGACAGCGCAAGUUAUCUGGGUCGAAAAGUCAUGACUGUCAUAUUCUGAUGGAACAAUUACUCCUAAUUUUGGUGAAGAAUGCACUUCCGAGUCCGGUAUCCAAUGUGAUUGCAAAUUUGUCAUCAUUUUUUCGAGAACUUUGUGGGAAAGCCAUAAACCCUAUGCAUCUUACUGAGCUUCGAAAUCAUGUUGUGCAAACUCUGUGUCAGAUGAAAAUGAUUUUUUCUCCAUCCUUCUUCACCGUCAUGAUUCACCUCACGGUGCAUCUCGUUGAUGGGUUACUCUUGGUGGACCAGUAUUUGGGACAUCUGAAGCAAUAUGUUCGUAAUAGGGCACAACCAGAAGGUUCAAUUGCAGAAGGUUAUUUAUCUGAGGAAAUCCUGACUUUCUGUUCUAGGUAUUUGGAUAAUAUUGAGACUAGAAUCAACCGACCACGGCGAGUUGAUGUUCUUCAUAAUUCAGGGAAAAGUAUGUUCCCAGCUAUUGGAAAGGCAUUAGGGGCUGUUUCGCAUUUCAAACUCACUCCAAUGGAAAAACAUCAAGCUCAUCGUCAUGUGCUAGUCAACUGCGAUGACGUGGUUCUGUUUGUUGUGAAAAAGACAAAGCGAAGCUUGCGUCAUCAGACAAGGUCGCAAGCUAAGAUAGAUAGUGUUGUCCAUGCAGAAUUUUCUCGGUGGUUCAAGCAUGAGGUUCCUAUGGAAAGUACACUUCAUUCGAAAGAUCUGAAGUUGCUUGCGUGCGGUCCCAUGAGUCAGGCAAGACGUUUUGGGACGUACAAUGUUAACGGGUACAAGUUUAGAACUACCACAAAGAAAAACAGGAUGAAAACACAAAAUAGUGGAGUAUAUGUAUCAUCUAAUACAAGAAGUUAUGCAAGUAUGCAUGAUAAUAGAGUGGUUGUUGGUGGUGUUCCGUAUUACGAAAAAAUUGUAGACAUAAUUGAAUUGAAUUACAGCUGUUCCUUCACAGUGGUAUUGUUCAAAUGUGUUUGGGCUGAUACCACUACCAGUAGAGACAUCAAACAAGACCAGUUGGGGCUUACCAGCGUUAAUUUCUCUCGUCCGAUACACACUGGUAAUCGUGAAGAAGAUGAACCAUACAUAUUGGCAUCGGAAGCUCAGCUUGUAUACUAUAUGGAUGAUGAAGUAGCCAAGGAAUUGAGUGUUGUGGUUCAUGUGAAACCAAGGGAUUUGUAUGACAUGGGAGAAGAGAAUGAAGAAGUUGAAGUUGGUUUUUCUCCACAGCCAGGGUUGAACAUGUCAGCGGAAGGAGACAUUGAAGAUUUACUGUUGACGAGACGAGGGAGGAAGAUAUAG